AUGCCUCUAAAAGACGAAGUGCGAGCAGCUAUUAACCACCUUAAACGGAAGGCUGUAGGUUUUGAUGAAAUCCCCAUCGAGACAAUAAAAGCCAUGGGGGAAAUCGGAGUGGAUAUACUGCACAUCAUCUGUUGUCGAAUUUGGAUCACUGGAGUUUGGCCGAGCGAUUGGUCACAUUCGAUAUUCAUUCCACUUCACAAAAAGGGAUCAACGAAGAAGUGCAAUAACUACAGACUAAUUUCUCUCGUAUCCCACGCCAGUAAAGUCAUGCUGCACAUUAUUAACACGAGGCACAAGGUUACUUGUCCCGAGAGAUCGCCCCCGAGCAAGCAGGCUUUUGAUACCGUCAAGUGGUGGAAGCUGUGGUUGGUACUGACGGAAAUGGGUGUACCGCAACAUCUUGUACACACCAUCAGACGUCUGUACGAAGAUGGCACGGCCGCUGUUCGUGUUGACGGUAUUGACUCCGAACGCUUCAGCACAUAG